GUUCUUCCAGGCUAUACCCCUGACUCCAUAUAGUUGUCCAAGCCUGGAGAGGGGGAUGUGGAAGUGGAGACACACCACGGGUUAACGGGCUCUGAGAAACUAGGGGUUGCAGAGAGAGUUCUAGGGGGUCUCCUCCGCUCAUCCUGUUCUGUUUAUGCUCCCAGAAGCCGGCAAUGACCGCCUGCGCCCUCCUUGCCGGUGGGCUUCCCGACCCCCGGCUCUGCGCCCCCGCGCGGUGGGCUCGGUCUCCGCCCGGCCUUCUCCGGACCCUGCCCCGGCCCUGGCCUCGGCUCCGGCUCCUGCUGCUGCUGCUUCUCCUGCCGCCCUCCGUCCUCUCCGCCGUAUUCAGAGUCGGGGUGCUGGGGCCCUGGGCCUGCGACCCCAUCUUUGCCCGCGCCCGCCCGGAGCUGGCCGCCCGCCUGGCCGCCGCCCGCCUGAACCACGACCCUGCCCUAGAAGGCGGGCCCCGCUUCGAGGUGGCGCUGCUGCCCGAGCCGUGCCGGACGCCAGGCUCGCUGGGGGCGGUGUCCUCCGCGCUGGCCCGCGUCUCCGGCCUCGUGGGUCCCGUGAACCCUGCAGCCUGCCGGCCGGCCGAGCUACUAGCCCAAGAGGCGGGGGUCACGCUGGUGCCCUGGGGCUGCCCUGGGACGCGAGCGGCGGGCACCACGGCUCCGGCCGUGACACCUGCGGCGGACGCCCUCUACGCCCUCCUUCGCGAGUUCCGCUGGGCGCAUGUGGCCUUGGUCACCGCCCCCCAGGACCUGUGGGUGGAGGCGGGACGCGCACUGUCCACCGCACUCAGGGCCCGGGGGCUGCCCGUUGCCCUAGUGACUUCCAUGGAGCCCUCGGACCUAUCUGGGGCCCGGGAGGCCCUGAGGAGGGUCCGGGACGGGCCCAGAGUCAGAGCAGUGAUCAUGGUGAUGCACUCCGUGCUGCUGGGCGGCGAGGAGCAGCGCUGCCUACUGGAGGCUGCAGAGGAGCUGGGCCUGGCUGAUGGCUCCCUGGUCUUCCUGCCCUUUGACACGCUCCACUACGCCUUGUCCCCAGGCCCGGAGGCCUUGGCGGUACUUGCCAACAACUCCCAGCUUCGCAGGGCCCAUGAUGCGGUGCUCACCCUCACGCGCCACUGUCCCCCGGGAGGCAGCGUGCUGGACAGCCUGCGCAGGGCCCAAGAGCACCAGGAGCUGCCCUCUGACCUCAAUCUGCAGCAGGUAUCCCCACUCUUCGGCACCAUCUACGACGCGGUCUACUUGUUGGCAGGGGGCGUGGCGAGGGCGCGGGCAGCUGCAGGUGGCAGCUGGGUGUCCGGAGCAGCCGUGGCCCACCACGUCGGGGAUGCUCAGGUCCCCGGCUUCUGCGGGGCCCUGGGAGGAGCCGAGGAGCCCCAGUUUGUGCUGCUGGACACGGAUGCGGCGGGGGACCGGCUGUUCGCCACAUAUAUGCUGGACCCCACCCGAGGCUCCCUCUGGUCGGCUGGGACCCCGGUGCAUUUUCCUAGAGGGGGACGGGGGCCUGGGCCGGACCCCUGGUGCUGGUUUGACCCAGACGACAUCUGCAACGGAGGAGUGGAGCCCCGCCUCGUCUUUAUCGGCUUCCUCCUGGCCGUUGGGAUGGGGCUGGCAGGGGUCUUCCUGGCCCAUUAUGUGAGGCACCGGCUCCUUCACAUCCAAAUGGCCUCCGGCCCCAACAAGAUCAUCCUGACUCUGGACGACAUCACCUUCCUCCACCCUCAGGGGGGCAGCUCUCGAAAGGUGAUCCAGGGGAGUCGAUCGAGUCUGGCUGCCCGCAGCGUGUCAGACAUUCGCAGCGUCCCCAGCCAGCCCAUGGAUAGCUCCAACAUUGGCCUCUAUGAGGGAGACUGGGUUUGGCUGAAGAAAUUCCCAGGGGAUCAGCACAUCGCUAUCCGCCCAGCAACCAAGACAGCCUUCUCUAAGCUCCGGGAGCUCCGGCACGAGAACGUGGCUCUCUACCUGGGGCUUUUCCUGGCGGGGGGAAGCAGCGGCGCCGCGGCUCCCAGGGAAGGCAUGCUGGCUGUGGUCUCAGAGCACUGUGCCCGGGGCUCCCUCCACGACCUCCUCGCCCAGAGAGACAUAAAGCUGGACUGGAUGUUCAAGUCCUCCCUCCUACUGGACCUCAUCAAGGGAAUGAGGUAUUUGCACCAUCGAGGCGUGGCUCACGGGCGGCUGAAGUCACGGAACUGCGUGGUGGACGGGAGGUUCGUGCUUAAAGUCACCGACCACGGCCACGGGCGACUGCUGGAAGCGCAGAAGGUGUUACCGGAGCCUCCCAGCGCGGAGGACCAGCUUUGGACAGCCCCAGAGCUGCUUCGGGACCCAGCCCUGGAGCGCCAGGGAACGCUGGCCGGCGAUGUCUUCAGCCUGGGCAUCAUCAUUCAGGAGGUCGUGUGCCGCAGCACCCCCUACGCCAUGCUGGAGCUGACUCCCGAGGAAGUGGUGCAGAGGUUGCAGAGCCCCCCACCGCUGUGUCGGCCCUCGGUGUCCAUGGACCAGGCACCCAUGGAGUGCAUCCAGCUGAUGAAACAGUGCUGGGCAGAGCAGCCGGACCUUCGGCCUUCCAUGGACCGCACCUUUGACCUGUUCAAGAGCAUAAACAAGGGCCGGAAGACGAACAUCAUCGACUCAAUGCUGCGGAUGCUGGAACAGUACUCUAGUAACCUGGAGGACCUGAUCCGGGAGCGCACAGAGGAACUGGAGCUGGAAAAGCAGAAGACAGACCGCCUGCUGACGCAGAUGCUGCCUCCGUCUGUGGCUGAAGCCCUGAAGAUGGGGACACCUGUGGAGCCCGAGUACUUUGAGGAGGUGACACUGUACUUUAGUGACAUCGUGGGUUUCACCACCAUCUCAGCCAUGAGUGAGCCCAUCGAAGUGGUAGACCUGCUCAAUGACCUCUACACGCUGUUUGAUGCCAUCAUUGGCUCCCACGAUGUCUACAAGGUGGAGACAAUUGGGGACGCCUAUAUGGUGGCCUCGGGGCUGCCCCAGCGCAAUGGGCAGCGGCACGCGGCAGAGAUCGCAAAUAUGGCGUUGGACAUCCUCAGUGCUGUGGGGUCCUUUCGCAUGCGCCACAUGCCCGAGGUGCCCGUGCGCAUCCGUAUCGGCCUGCACUCGGGCCCGUGCGUGGCGGGCGUGGUGGGCCUCACCAUGCCGCGGUACUGCCUGUUUGGGGACACGGUGAACACUGCCUCGCGCAUGGAGUCCACCGGUCUGCCUUACCGCAUCCACGUGAACAUGAGCACUGUGCGGAUUCUUCGCGCUCUGGAUGAGGGCUUCCAGGUGGAGGUGCGAGGCCGCACGGAGCUGAAGGGCAAGGGCGUCGAGGACACGUACUGGCUAGUGGGUAGACGCGGCUUCAACAAGCCUAUCCCCAAACCGCCUGACCUGCAACCGGGGGCCAGCAACCACGGCAUCAGCCUGCAGGAGAUUCCCCCGGAGCGGCGCCAAAAGCUGGAGAAGGCGAGGCCGGGCCAGUUCUCCGGAAAGUGAAGCCCGGUCCCUACAGGAUGAUUCCAGAAGGUCCUUUUCCUGAAAGUUGCUGCUACAGGUGACUGAAAGUCUGGCUAAUACCAGUGGCUUCUGUCCAGCUCUGCCUCAAAGGAUUCUGGGCCUUUACAGGAGCUGGUUGCAAACCAGCUGUGUGACCGUGGGAAAGUCUCAUGCACUCUCUGGGCUUGGGUUCCCCUCCAAGGCGAAAUGAGGAGUGGCCUAGGUGGGUUCCACACCCCCCAGCUCUGACAGCUGGACUUCAGGAUGAUUGGCCUUGGGAUAUGGAGCACUGGGCAUGUGACCUCCAGCCCCAGUGAUCCCGAGCCCAUCGGGGGAUGCUGGGAUGGGGGAUUGUCCCCUUUCCACGGCCUCUUGAGGACCCUGGAAGGAGGAUCUGGGAUUGGAUGCCCCAACUCCAGAGGAGGUAGAGACCUGAUCCAGGAGAGCAUGGGUUGUCUUGUGGCCUGAGGAGGCAGGUGCUUCUGUUUAGCCUCAAGCCUCCUUCCCUUCUCCAUCCCUCACAAGUCAGAACCUGGCUCCUUCUCCUGUGGGCAUAACCAGAUAGCUUGCCCAAGCGCAGAGAAAAGUUGUUUCAAGACUUUGGGGAAAGGAAGGUAAACAGAUUGCACCAAACUUUUAUUAACCAGAACACCCAGGACUAGUAGUAUCUCCUGUGUAACUGAGCGCUGCUGAGUAAGCAACUGGACAGAAACUCUUCUUGGCAACAGUGUCCACUCCCUUCCUGAUAGGUCCCCAACUGAAGUUUCUUCUGUGGAACUCUGAUGUUCCAGAUCCCAGGCCUGGGCAUGUUUGACUCUGGGUGUCCUUCACCAUUGCUGCAGAGCCUGGCCGAAGUUAGCAGAAGCUGCAGCCACUCAGGCUGCGACCAUAGGUAGUGAGCAUCCAGUCCCUGGAGGUGUGCAAGCAGAACUGGAGACAUCAUUGACCAGGCAUGUACAAUCAGAGGGAAUUCUUAGGUAGAAGGAUGAACUAAAUCCUCACUACACAAGAUGUAGUUGGUGGACCAGCAGCAGUGACAUCACCGGGGAGCUUGUUGGAAAUGCAGAAUCCAGGCCCAGACCUACUGAAUCACAAUCUGCAUUUUAACAAGUUCCCUCAAGUAUUUACAUGCACAUUAAAGUUUCUGAAUCAUGGAACUAAAUAAUCCUAGGAUCCCUAAAAUCUUAGAAUCUCUAAGAUUUCAUAAAAGCCAGAUGAGAAACCAGCCACAAGACUUGUUUUGUUUGGCCUAUGGGGUGUUUUGUUUUUUGUUUUGAGGUAACAUUUAAAAAUCAAGAGAUACCACGUCUUAAAAAUGUAUACCAAAUUUCCCUCUUCUCUUGAAAUCAAAAACCCCACACAGGGGCAACUGCUGAGUUUCCACUGGCACUAAAGAGCGACUGUCCCCUUUCUCCAGGGCCUCGCUCUUCAGUUCUCGUUGUCUCCACCUCCCAGAGUCCUAGACACCAAGAUUUUCUGAACUUCCUUUGUGUACCUCUCUGGUGCCUGUAGGCAUUUGAGCUCAGGUCUCCUGGAGUAGCUGAUGUUAGGAUGACAGAUACUCCUGCAGGUUGUGUUGCCUGACUCAUGAAAACCACCAGUUUAGUGAUCUUCCCCUCCCUAAAGGUAGAGAGAGAACGUAUUAGAAAUCGAAAAUCCAGCAUUUGUAGGUUCUGGUUACCUAAGGUGGUGCUGCUAU